CCGACAGUAUAAAUUGCAGAUCUGUCAUGUUUAAAACAGAUUGGUCCUGGGCAUCAUUCACCAUGGCACUUCUCUUUGUAUUGACCAUUCUCAUCACUGUUUUUUGUUCUGUUCAAGGGCGCUCAUUCCAGAAAACAUCAUUUGAAAUGACUGAAGAGAACAUGGAAAUUGGCAGCACUAACAACUUUGAGGAGGAUGACCAGUCUGCUUCAUCUCUCAUUCUGAAGGCCAACCGAAAUCUUGGACAAAGGCAUGAUGAAACACUAGUCUUGUUUGGAGACAUUGCAGUACAUCCUAAGUUCAUAAACGCUGAUCCCUGCACAUCUCGUGACUGCAAGUGGCCAAAGUCUUCUGACGGGAACGUUUACGUGCCAUAUGUUAUCUCUAAUCAAUACUCAAUGAGGGAGAGGCUUAACAUUGAAAGUUGGCUGCAAACCUUUGCCAAAUCAACUUGCAUUCGUUUCUUUCGACGAAGAGGUCAGCAGGCCUUUUUGAACAUCACAUCAGGCUGUACCUCCUAUGUUGGGCGCCAGGGCAAAGCCCAGCAGGUGUCUCUGAGCAGGAAUGGAUGUGUCCAUCUGAGCGUGGUGCAGCACGAAAUGCUUCAUGCCUUGGGCUUCGACCACGAGCAAACACGCAGUGACCGCGAUAACCAUGUUCAAAUCCUUAUUCAGAAUAUUCAGCCUGGACUGGAAUUUGCUUUCAGAAAGAUCAACACUAUUAACUUGAACACUCCAUAUGACUAUAAUUCUGUCAUGCAGUACGGAAGGUUUGCCUUCUCUCGAAACGGGCAGCCCACUAUUCUUCCAAUCCCUGACAAUAAUGCAGUUAUUGGCAGGGCAACUGAGAUGAGUCCCAAUGAUAUUCUGCGGAUCAAUCGUCUCUAUAAUUGCAGUGGCCAGCAGGAGUGAUUUUACAAAUGCUAUGAAGCAGAAUUAUAUUUGAAUAAAUUGAGAUACAAAUACA